GGCAACAGAGAAAUCUAUCAAUUGCUGCAAUCGUGAAAUGGCAAGAGCAAAUAUACAGCAGUAUAUCAAAUAGCUACCCAGUUUCUUCAAUUCAAGAUGCAUUAUUAUACUAUCAUGAAGUAACAGGUCUUCCUUGGUGGGCGGCUAUUGUUACAUCAACUAUUUUAGUGCGUACUCUGAUGACAUUUCCAUUCAGUAUUUAUCAGAAUUACAUUUUAGCUAAAGUAGAGAAUAUCAGCUUAGAAUUAAAAGAUUUGGUAAACGAUUUAAAAAAAGAAACUGCAAUAGCUAAAAAAUCUUUGAAUUUAACUGACAAACAAUGUGCAAUUUUGUACAAAAGAUCUUUGAAGAAACAAUGGGUGAAUUUAAUAGAAAGGGAUAAUUGUCAUCCCUUCAAAGCAAGCUUAGUAAUAUUGAUCCAAAUCCCUAUAUGGGUCUGCAUGUCUUUUGCAUUGAGAAACUUGGUGUACCUGCAAAGUGGAGAUCCAUCUCUGUUGAUCACAUUUAUGGAGUUGUCAGCUGGUGGAAUUGGUUGGAUACCAAACUUAACAGAACCAGAUCAUUCUCUAAUAUUACCAGUAGCUUUUGGGUUUAUUAACUUAACUAUAAUUGAAAUACAAAGGUUAUCUAAGCUUAGGCAACCUUCUAAAAUGCACAAUGUAUUCACAAAUGUUUUCCGAGUGUUUUCUAUAAUAAUGAUACCUGUAGCAGCCAGUGUUCCAUCUUGUAUGUGUUUAUAUUGGACUACAUCAAGUAGUAUAGGAUUGAUGCAUAAUUUAAUACUUCUUUCACCAACACUGAGGAGAAAAUUAAAAAUACCAGAAGCACCAAGUGAAAUCGACAGACCUUAUCAACAUAUAAAAGAAGAACUUCAACAAACAAUAAAAAAAAUAUUGCCGAAAAGUUUAAAAUAAAUUAUUAUGUAGUAUAUA